GUCUAAAUGUUUUUCAACGAGCAAAAUAUUAUAUCUCCAUAAAGUCAAAAUUUUUCCAGCUAAUCUGUUUUUAUUGCACAUAAAACCAUUCUAACGAGUAAUGAACACGUAUUGGAUUUGUUCCGAAUUUAUUCGCUAGGAUCAUUGUCAUCACUUUCACUUUUCACGCGUUUUAGUGGUUCUAGUGUGUAUACGCUGCAACAAUCCGCAGUCGCCAUGGAUGACACCAUGUCGACUGUAACGAAAAUGACCCGCACGGUUAAGAAACUGGAGGUGCCCAGACCAUUGAAAUCGACGACCAGUUCUGCUCAUAACCGCAACUCUGUAUUAGAUGUCAAAAUAAAUUCUGUGGAUGAUCUAAUAGUGUUGACGGAAGCAGUAGCAUAUGAAAUGAUGCAGGGCAAUUAUGAUCGUGCGCUUCAAAGUAAUGUUUCUACCAUGUAUUCUAACUUAAAGCUUUAUGGGGCGCAGCUCGAAGCACUCUACAAAGAUUUCCUUGACAGAUAUUUUGUUGUGUUCCGCAAUGGUUCGCAGGACGAACGCUUGGACAAGAAAACAAGGCUACAUCUUCUUGAAUUGAUUGAGCUGCGCGCUAAGCAUUGGCAGACUUCAGACUAUAUGAGUCAGUAUUACAGACACCGUGGCACACAUGCAGAGCCACUACUGGUGCCGACGAUGGAAGGCGCGGGCGGGUCCGUGUCUCCGACGCUGGCUACGCCGCCCGAGCCGCCCGCGCUGCUGCAGCCGGGGGAGGUCAUCAAGCCCUCCGGCAAGUUCCCCAAACCCACCAAGAUCCCUGGCAAGAACUACUCUAAGGACGAGGUUGUUAUUCGAAAUGCUGAUUCUGGAAAAGUGAUGGGUAUCAAGGGCAGGCGGGUGCACAUGAUCGAGGAGCUAAGCGACACGAUCAUAUCGUUUCAGCGAGUGAGCCCUGGGGCUAAGGAGCGCCUCGUCCAAAUCACCGGACCCAACGAGGAAAAUGUCAAUCACGCGAAGCAUCUGAUCGGCGACACGAUCCGGCGCAACGCGUCGCCGGUGCGGCUGGAGGGCGCGCUGGAGCCCGGCGCCGCCGCCGACGACAACGGCGAGGAAGCUGACGACGAGCCGCGCGCCAGGGAGAAAUCGCCUCACAACAACCGAGCUUUACUUCAUAGUUUUUCAACGAACGACGCAGCGUUAGGAGAAUACAAAUAUACUGUGACUUUUGGUCCACAUUCCAUCAAAAUCACGGGACAGAAUCUGGAUCUCGUCAAGACCGCGAAGCUGGUGCUGGACGAGUACUUCGAGAGCGCGGGCGCGCUGGAGGCGUGGGGCGCGGGCUCGGGCGACUUCUUCACGCUGUCGCAGCGCCCGCAGGCCGCGCUGCUGCUGCGCACCGACCCCGAGCUCAACGGCGACCACGACGACGACGUCUUCGCGCCCGCCCAGCCCACGUCGCAGGACGAAGCCGCGGCCGACGACGCCGUGCCGCGCCGCCCGCGGUUCUCGCGCGCCGCCUCCACCGACAAGAACCAAGGGCCGGGCGGCUCGACGGCCGCGCCGGGCUCGCGGCAGACGUACACGUACGAGACGCUGGUGCAGUACGCGGACUCGCCGCUGAGCAAGCUGCCGCCGGCCGGGCUGGCGCUGUUCCCGCCGGAGCUGGCGCGCAAGAGCUGCCUGGAGUUCGACAGCGCCAGCUACCUAAAGAAGGUGCGCGCCGCGGCGGGGACCACCGUGGCCGCCAUGGACGCGCCCGACUCUCCUGAGCCGGAGUAACCUCCACGUCGGUCUAGUCUAGCAGCUCGCCCAAGCCUCACGACACAUCGCCAUUUUCUUGAUUACAAUAUUCUAUAUUCACAUUGACUAACACAUUCUUACUCACGUGGUACGGGACUAACACAUUCUUACUCGGGUUCUACAAGUAGCUAUAUUGAAUCGUACUUUAAAAAUCAAUAGAGUACAUACCUACUCAAGUCAAUGUUUAGUUUAUUUGCGACCCGAGCACCAUAUCGGAUACAUAUUAUGAAAAUAAGCUGAGCGCGUCCAUAUUACUCUUACUUUGUCUCGACUGAAAGCUGGCUGCUAAAAGUUAGAAUACUCAAAAAAAACUCGCAAUGGGCAGCUGUGAGGCACGAAUAGACAGAAACAUUAGGUAUAGGAUUGAGAAAGUAUAUAAAGUGUAAACAUGUUAACCCAUUUAGAACUACUGACUGCCACUUUCACUAGAUGCACAUUGCCAGCGUUAGUCUUCUUUUUAUGCACUUUAGGUGCACACAUUAUUACUAAAAGUAUUGACACGCCAAAUUAGAGGGUAUAGGUAUUUAUUUUUCCUUAACUAGUAUUUACCUCAUAUUAUUAAACUUGUUUUAAGAAUGCUUUGAACUAAGUUUUGGACACUCAGGCCAGAACGUUGUUCACAGCCAUAGUUGAUCUCCUGAGAGUAUUUUUUUUUAUAAAAAUGGGCGCCUCCAAGGGAGGAUAGCCUAGCUCAUUUUUAUUGUUUAUUCAGAGAAGAAAUUUCAAAGGUUGCUAAUCUCUUCACGAAAAGUUCAGUGAUCGCAUAUGUGAAUCAGUAAAGAAGUCUGUUAAAAAUGCUACUGUCUCGUUUGACGGAUGAAAAAGAGGACGCCAUUGCUAUGUGUUUCACUAGAUGGCGUCACUGACAGGUUGAGUGUUGAACUGUUGACCUCGAUCGCGAUCAAUUUUGAAACUACUCAGGAGGCAAUAAUUUGUGGUGAUUAGCAAUCAUUUAUUUACUCGUCUCUGGUCCAUUAUAUCAUUUACAAAAUUCUGAAGGAUAAUGUUUCACUGACUCAAAAUAUUGACCACUCCCUAAAACUCCUAAUAGACCGUGUAUUUCGUAUGAAUCAUAAUCAUAUCGUUUUCAUUCGAACUUGCGUCACGUGAUAUGUACAUUCAGGAACAGACGGCAAAUGGACUGCGUCAACUGUCUUAAGACUCUUAAGGUACCUAUACUGUUUUUGAUAUCUCCCUUCUUGCUUUCUGCUACUUUUUCCUGACUGUACCUACCAAAUAAUGACGCAAGCAUUGUUUUCCAAUCGCCAUCAUUAGUUUUAUUAUCUUAACUGUUCUGAAAUGUUGGGUGUACAGCGAGUUGCGAAAUUACAUGGACAUUAUUGAUUAAUGAAUUCAUUCCUAAAGUAAUUUUGUGGUUAAGUGUACAUCAUCAAGAAGCUAUUUGUUCUGUUUUAACCCUUUUCUAGGCUGCAAUAACCUAGAGCAAGUUUAUCCGAAAAAUACAAAUUUGUUGGACCUAUAAGCUUUGAUGAUUUAAUUUAAGUAGGUCACAUUUUUGCUCUGAAAUUACAGACCUAGAAAGCGGUUAAACAAUGACGUUAAUCGAAGAGGAUGAGUGGUGAUAACGAGGCGAAUAGUAUACAUUUCAGGCUAGUUUACACUGUAUCUUUUGUAUGAGUCCAUUUUAUUUACUUUUGUAUAUAUUGACUGUAACGGGCCGCGGUCCGGAUGUCAGAGUGAUUCCAUUUACUAUAAGACGAAUGCAUGCAUUUCUUUUGAGUGUCUGUGUGAUCAUUUUCAGACUUUGUAAUUAGUGUCUAGUCUCGACGAGUAGUUUUAUCGAUUCUCACUAUUUCGUAAGUGCUAUAUCUUGAAGAAAGCCUGGCAAUUCAUUAUUAUUAUAAAUAUGUAUUAUAUUAAAUGACUGUUGAAGUUGGUAGAAAAAUAACGUUAAUAAAAUAUUUUUAGGUGUAGAUUUAUUUUUAACAAUUAGAACUAUUGUAAUUGCUGUGCACUAAACCAAAUAAUUGUUGAUUUCGUAAAUCAAUUUAAACUAACAUGUUUAUUACUUAUUGGAGUCUAUUUAUUGUUAUAGUAAUUGGCAGGCUUUCUUUUUACAUACCAGUUUUAUUUAUUUCGGUUGUCUAAAGAAAAAAGAUUAUAUUGUAGAAAGACUGUUAAUAACAAUCAUUUUAUAAAAUUUUUUUAGCUCGACAAAUAAUGGGUUGUAACGAGUUAUUUUUAUUUACACGUUGACGGUAUCCCUCGGGAGUCCUCAAAUGCAAUUGCACAGAUGUAUUGCGAUAUUGUAAUAAAUCAAUAGAACCUUUAUAAUAAUUUACAAUAUACUCGGUGCUUUGAAGAAGUAUUGUCACUUCAAGGGGCAACUGGUUACUUACUUGUAUCUACAUAUUCUAUUCACCUCAUAUAAAAUAUUUACACUGUUUUUUUUAUGAAACAAGGCAAAGCGUUAUAUUAUGUAAAAUAUUACUAAAUUUUCUAAUAAA